AUGAGUCUCACUGAGGAUCAAAAGACAAUCAACGACCUCCAAGCCAACUGGAUCUGGGUCCCAAACUGGGUUGACUCUUCAGAUGCCAAUACAGCUGGAAAGAUCGUCCGCUUCACGCGAGAAUUCAACUUACAGUCAAAGCCCGACAAAUCAGUACUGCAUUUCUCAGCUGACACGCGUUACAAACUCUACGUGAAUGGACAACAUGUUGCCGUCGGACCGACUCGCAGCAGUCCGCUGAUUUGGUACUACGAUACCCUGGAUAUCGCGCCCUACCUAAAAGAAGGCCAGAAUGAGAUCCUAUUCGUAGUUUUGCGGUACUUUCACUCUCUACGCUGCGCAAUGCCUUUUGAGCGGACGGCGCUUCCUGGUCUGACAGUCAUUGGAAACCUGGAGACUGCAACGGGGGAGUUUAUCGAUCUCAAUUCUUCGCAGAAUUGGCUGGGAUUCGUCGAUCAAAGUAUCGAGUUCCCGACGGGUCUUGCUGAUGAUGUGUUUUUACAUAUUAGCGAACGUGUUGCUCCUACGGAUGAAGGCUCUAUGAUGAUACCGGUUGCGUACAAGAUGAGAACUUUGAACGGUGACAUUCCGCCCUGGAACCUGCGUCCACGAUCGAUUCCACUACCGGAAUCAACACUCGCUGUUGUUGAAACAAUCAGGGCUUGCCAGAGUACUGUAGAGGCUAAUUACUGGGAAUCUUUGUUUACUCGAAACCACUCCAUUACCCUCCCAGCGAGCUCCAGUCACGUCCUUGAAGUACAGGCCGCCGUUCACUCGACUGCAUUCCUUCGAUGGGCCUUCAAAUCAGUUGCAAAUGCCUCGAAUAUAAAGCUCAAAGUGACACACUCAGAAGGCUACGAACUCGAACCCCGAUCGUACCCCUUCUUCCGCUCCAAGGCAGACAGGCUAGAUGCAAGUGUUGGCCAUAUUAUUGGACCAUAUGACGAGGUAACGCUGAACCUUCUUAGUGACAGUCAAACCUUCUAUGAGCCAUUCUGGUUCCGCACCUUCCGCCUCUUAAAGAUCGAGAUCACAGUUGGACCCGAGCCAAUUGAAAUUCUAUCAUUCGACGCUACUCAGGUCAACUAUCCUCUAGCCGUGAAGGCUAGCUGGAAACAGCCUGGUGAUCCUCAGAGUGAGGAAAUCUGGGAUGUCUCUAUACGGACGAUGAGAAACUGCAUGUUCGACGGAUACUCAGACUGUCCAUUCUACGAACAAUUACAAUACUCCGGAGACAGUCGCUCUGUCGGUCUGUUUCACUACCUCCUCUCAGGCGACGACCGGCUGAUGCGGCAAGCAAUCACCAACUUCGCCGCCUCAGUAACACCAGAGGGUCUCACGCAGUCUCGCUUCCCUUCACACGUACCGCAAGUCAUAGCCGGCUUCUCCCUGUAUUGGAUAUUACAAGUGUGUGAUCAUCACUUGUACUUUGGCGAUACGCGCUUUUCGAAACUCUUCAUUCCGCGAAUUGAUGGAAUUCUUGAUUUCUUCGAUUCUCAUGUCGACGAGCUAGGUCUUGUCAGCGGACUGCCGGAUGUUGUUUGGCAGUACGUUGAUUGGGUCACGACCUGGGGUGCUACAGAAGACCAUCCUGACAAGGGCGUUCCAACCUCGGGCAGAAAGACCAAUCGACACACUUAUUUCAGUAUGAUAUAUGCCUGGGUUCUGCAAAAGGCCGCUGUGCUGGUUCGUGAUGUUGGUCGACCGGGACAUGCUUCCGAAUACGAAUCGAGGGCAUCAUCAUUGAGAGCAGCUAUACGAGCCCAUUGCUACGAUGGGGAAUUCUUCACCGAUUCAACAGCUGAUGUUGCGGAUGAACUGUCAUAUUCCCAGCACUGCCAGGUUUUCGCUGUUAUCUGUGGCGCAGCGAAGGCGGACGAAGCUACCCGGAUCUUGAGGGAAUCUUUUGCCAAUGAUCGCUUCUCGAAAUGUUCUUACAUGAUGCGGUUCUACGCUUUCCGGGCCUUGUCCUUGGCUGAUGAUGGCAACUUGUAUGAUUCGUUCUGGGCAAAGAUGUGGUCUCCAUGGCGAGGGAUGCUGGCUAAUAAUCUCUCGACCUGGGAGGAGGAUGAUGUUAGACAGAGAUCUGAUUGUCAUGCUUGGGGGAGUGUGCCUAUUUACGAGUACUGUACUGAAUUGGCGGGUGUUCAGCCUGUCGCUCCUGGUUCAUCCAAGAUAUCGUUUAGGCCGCGGCUUCGUUUGACUGGGGUUUUGGAAGCAAGGGUUGCCCUUGGUAAGGAUAACCUAGCGGAGGUCUCGUGGAAGAUCAGCUCCGACGGAGAUAAGAUUGUUGAGCUGAGACUUGAAAAAGCAGUUGAAGUUGUAAGUCAACUGCCAGGACGUAGGGAAGAAGGCCAUGGCAUUGUGGAUUAUCUCAGGCUCGUAGCUAGUGGCUGA